GAAAUAUUUAUUUGUUCAAAAUGGCCACCAUGAGAGUACAAGCGAAAACUUUACCGCUUUUACGGCAGUCUUUUGCAAUCUGGCAAGCUAAAAGGUAUUUGAAUGUUUUCUGUAAAUUAUGAAACUAAUAUCUAUUUUGAUUUUGAAUUUUUUCGUUUUGUUUACGCGCUAUAAAUGAUUCCAAAAAAUUUUUCCCCAGGUGCUUAGGAUUAUGUUGCUGUCGGCUUUCACCCGGCUUCGACGCUAUUUCGAAGAAAAAGAACCAAGGCACUCUGGAAUCUAACAGUCAAAGCAUAUGCGUGAUACCAAAGAGAACUUUAUUAGGAUCUUUCAUUCCGAAUCCCCUCACUGCUUCUAACUCGCGAAGAAAAAAGUAUUCAGAAAGGCGGAUACUCGGGUGAGCUUUGGACCUUCAGUACCGUAGUUUGUUAUGAUUGUUUCUGUUGAGUCAUAAGUUGUCACAGCAUUACAAUAUGGGGACUAAUCUGCUAAUGUAGGCUUUCAGACAUUGAGAGGAUAAGUGUAGGACCCUAUUGUUUUGUUUACAUCUUUGAUUUCCCAUAUGAUAAGCUACUUUUAAAAAUGACUUAGAUCAGGUUGCAAUACUUCCUAUUUUACAGCAGUUACGCUUAACUACUGCAUGUACUGAUAAUGCAAUUUUGUAAUGAUUCAUGGUUGUUUCACCUACAAGUCAUUUCGCUGGUGCCCAAGCCUGCGCACCUGGCGGGAUCAUCACAUCAGCCCAUGUUGGGGCAGAGGAGUUGUGAAUCUGUGCAGAGAAUGGGGAAGAGACACUUUGAAGGAAUUUCUUGCUCAUUCAGUGAUGACUUCUUGGAAUAACAGGUUCAUCGCCAAAAUUUCCUACUUUUGAGGACGAACAAUUCCGCCAGCUACACAGGCUACCAGCAACCUGUUCCCUUACGUCUUGAAUGUUCAUUAAGAUGUUAGGUCCUUCCCUAACUAUGACAUGUAUUAGACUUCUUUUUGUCAUGGCUGAAGGAACGACCUACAAACAUUAUUUUGUAGCCCUCAUUUCAUUUCUUAAGAGAAAUUACUAUUAGCAAAUGGGGCAUUAGCACAACGACACAUAGGUACAACAACCAGUUACCUUAGUUUACCUUUCAUGAUUCCAAGAAAGACUCAAAUGGGAUAGUCCACUGUUGGGAGCACUCACCUUUCUCUCUUUGUGCCUUCAUUUCCCAUCCCUCAUGCCAUAAUUAUGUGGUUUGAGUUUGUUGCUGGUCAUCUUCUCUGCUCCAAGAGGUUUUUCUCUGGGUGAUACAGUUUUCCCAUCUUCUCAAAAACCAGUAUAAUUCUAAUUCAAUCUGGAAACCAAAAAGGUUUUUCAUCUGCUCUGGCAAAGACAUUUGGUAUCAAAUUUCAUGACUUAGAGCAAAGUUUGAAGGAAAAAUCAAAUAUUUCACUCGAAUCACUGAUUUUGACAAUUCAAAUGAAAUAGUUUAUUUUUUCUCAAACUGUGCUGAGAGCCUUGAAAUUUGUAUACUAAAGGUUCAGAGGUUUAUCAGUUCUUAUAACUGUUAAGUUCAGGAUUUUCACUAUUUUUUAAAGUAGAAGAGUGCCUAAGGUUGAUUAGGCGAGGAAAGUUGGAAAAGUGGGUUGAGAGUCCACUUGUCCAUUUUGCUUAAAGUGCUUAGAGAACAUUGACGGAGUACCAGUACCUGGGUCCUAGCUUCUAAUAAGACCCAUGUAAAAGUCACAGUAACUCUCUAAAUAAAGUUAGUUACAUGUAGAUAAAGACAGAAAAAUAAAAGUUUUCCUUUGGGAUGACUCAGGUCAGGAUCAGUGAUCAGAGAUCUCUUGGAUCAUAGUAUACCAAAGGAAUCAUUGAAUCCACCCUGGGCAAGGUUUCAUCAGUUCCUCUGAUGUGCUGUGAUCUGAUUACUGCUCAUGGGUUACUGAUCAUGACCCAGAUCAGAUUUCAGAUUCAGAUUUUUUAUUUAUUGCACUAUUUCAAGAGUUUACUACAACAAAAAUACAGUACAUUACAAAAGUAAAAUAAAACAACAUGAAAUUACAUAAAUCAUUAAAGGUGAAAUGUGCACAGUCUCAGAGACCAAAGAAGCCUAGGCUUUCGAGGUUGGUCACUGCCACCUGCAACUAACUGGUGUAGACAUUUGGGUAGCGUAUAAUAGAGACGGGAAAAUUAAAAGUGCAUAAAGUCAUACUUACAAUUUUAUAUAAAAAACAAUAGAAAUUAGAAUUGAUAGCGAGGGCAGAGAAAUCAAAUUACUCAUUGGGUAGUUAUUAGGUACAGUUUGUAUUGCUUGUAGAAGCUAUUAUAAGAACGUUUUUGUAAUUUAGAGGGAAUUUUUUCCCAGAUUUUAAAACCAGCAAAAGCAAAAGUGGCAGCUCCAUAAUUUAUUUCUUUUCCUUCAAUGGCCAAUGAAAAUUAAGGUUCCCUAAGCUAGUUUGAAAUCAUUUCAACCCUAAGAUCAGUUUAAACCCAGCAUUUCAUUUUUUCAACAUAUUUUAUGUUUUCAGUUAUUCAAUGGAGGACAUGUAUGCAGUUGUUUCUGAUGUUGAAGAUUAUAAGCACUUUGUUCCAUGGUGCAGGGACUCAGUUAUUUUGAUCAGAAAGCCAGGUCAUCUAAAAGCAAAGUUAGCAGUUGGUUUCCCACCUGUGGUGGAAAAAUACAGCUCCUCUGUUACGCUUGUUCCACCAAACUUAGUGAAGGUAUCAGUCAGCUUUAACACUCAAAACACAGCUGAGUUUUACUCAAACUCAGGGUUGUCACUAAGAUUUCAAGUUGCCGGGUAAAUACAACAAGUAGGCGGGGAAUCAAAUGGCCAGGGAUUUCUUUUGGUUCUAUUUUUCUUCUAUUUUCCGAUAAAAGUAGCCGGGGGCUACUCUCUUAGUAGCCAAGGAAAAUCCCCGGCCCACGGCUCUUAAUGACAACCCUGCAAACUGGUUAACUUUUGAUGGUGGGUUAACUGUACUAACAGUCCAGAAGAGUUCUCAUAGUACACACUGGAUGUGUGCGAAUUACCCUUUGAAAAAAUUGGCCUAGGUUUUUUUAAAAUAAUAUUCCUCUCAAGGGAGAAUGAAUGUGUUCAUUAUAGUAGACUGGGAGCAGACCUUCUUUUUCUUCAGAUUUAGUAAUGGGAGUGCACAGCCACUUGACAAACGAGGGCAGCAGCCCACAAAGAAAAUAGCUCUUUUUUCAUGCUUCUCCUUUCUCACGCCUUCAGUCAUGUGCAUGUUCUUUUGCGUGUCUCAUGCAUUUUGCUCUAUGAACUAAGAAAAAAGAGAGACGGCUUGUAGUUUAUCAAUGUAGGAAACAAACAUUGGUCACAUCAAUACAAUUAAACAUUUAAAAGCCAAUGGUUGACGGCAUUUCUUCGGAUAGUAAUAAUUAUGAUCACGGCUUCUUUCUUGGAGAUAUUACUUGCUCAGCAAUAUUGUUGCUCUUGAUUACACUGUAGGCUGAGUGCACCGAUGGAGAGAUGUUUAAUUAUAUGAAGACAAUUUGGAAGUUUAGUCCUGGCUAUCCAGGAAACCCAAACACUUGUACACUGGACUUUUAUGUAAGUAAAUGCUCAAUUUAAUUUUUUUUUUGUACUUUUGAUGAUACAACAUUUUUCCCCUUAUUUUUUGUUUUAAAAAAAGUUUAGAAAUACCAUGCAAAAGAACCAUCAAUGAGGUUCCACAUGAUUAAAACCUACAAUAUUCAAUAUUAAAUGACACAACUGACUCUCUAAGUAAGAAAUAGUAAGCACAAUACCAAAAUGAAAUCCCCUCAGACUAUAUCUUUCUGCAGCAAGACUGUUUUUUAAAACAGUCUUAAUUAAAAUUACAAAUGGGUCAUCAUUAUGAACUGAUUGAAUUUGAAUAAUACAGGUUUUAACACAUUUGCUCUGUUUAUAACACUUUGUUAUUUUAGUUGGUCCUCAGCCCUAAUCUAGUUCUGUUUACUGAAAGUCUUAUCUGUAAACCACUUAUUGUGACACAGGUGCUGGGGGUACAUGCAUGUAUCCUCAAGAUACAAGUAGUCACAAGGUCACGGGUUCAAACCCCGUUGAAGUCCUGAAUUUUUUUUUCAGGCUUCUUUACGCAAUUGCAUAAAUUGUGUUCACUGCAACGAUCAUUUCUUCAUUUUCAAAGAUUCCUAUGUUAUUUGACACAUUCAUUUUGAUGUGAAUACACAGCUUUGUAUUUGUGGAAUCCUGUCCAAUGAAAUGUCUGGUUCAUUCCUCUGCAGAUAGAGUUUGAGUUUCGAUCAAUCCUCCAUUCUAAGCUAUCCACUGUGUUUUUUGAUGAAGUUGUGAAAAAAAUGGUGAAAGCAUUUGAAAAACGGUGUUACUAUCUAUAUGGUCCUGGACAUCUUCAUAAUACAGUUAAAGCUAGAACAGCACCAGCAGGUAUG